AUGGCAAAGGGUGAAGGCGCGCAUGGCCAGGGCACAGACAAGGCUCCAAAGCGGUCAAGAUGGGCGACGCGAAAGAUGACGGUCAAGAGCGGUGGUGUCAAGAGAGUUUCCAUCAUGGACCGGAUACACAAACGCACGAGUUCGUCUGAAAAGAAGAGGCAUUCCGGAGGUAGUAAUUCAGUGAGGCAAGAAGGGGCCGACGAUGACGACACCUACGAUCCCAACGAUCCAAAUUCGGGUAAUCAGGAUGAUGCCAACAGCGAAGCUCCGAGCGACGAUGGCGAAGGUCGGACGUUAUUUUUCAAUGUUCCGUUGCCUGCAGCGUUCAGGGACGAAGAGGGCCAUCCUCUGCAACAAUUUACGCGAAACAAAAUCCGGACAGCCAAAUAUACACCCCUAUCCUUCGUUCCGAAGAAUUUGUGGUUUCAAUUCCACAACAUCGCCAAUAUAUUCUUCUUGUUUCUGGUCAUCCUUGUGAUUUUCCCCAUCUUUGGUGGUAGCAAUCCAGGUUUGAACGCAGUACCGCUUAUCUUCAUCAUUGCCGUUACAGCCAUAAAAGAUGCCAUAGAAGACUACAGGAGAACUGUUUUGGAUAUCGAGCUAAACAACGCCCCAGUGCACCGUCUGGUCGGUUGGGACAAUGUCAAUGUCCAGGAGGACAACGUCUCGACAUGGCGAAAGUUCAAGAAAGCCAGUUCUAAAUUCUUCGGCGCCAUCUGGCACGCGAUUGAGAGUCUAUGGAAGAAGGAUACCAAGAAGAGCGCCAUGGCCAGUAUCGCCGAUCCUCGCCCUUCAAUCGAUACCCAUGCCACGUACAGGGAGUCCGUCAUCUCUCCUCACACGGACCGAACCUCGUACAUCUCGGCACAGGAGGAUAUCCAGAUGACGCCCAUGGCCUCGCCUUUGGCUUCGCCACUCCCCCCAACCGACACACUCUCUGUCCCCAACUCUCCCCGGCCAGACACAAGUCUAUCGUUCAACCAGGACCAGCCAGACUCUAUCGACAGAAUUCAAGGAGACCUUAUUAACCACAGCAGAGCCACCAAUGGCGGUGCUCGAUUCCACAAGGAUGCUUGGAAGAAUGUACAGGUCGGAGAUUUCGUGCGUCUAUACAACGACGAUGAACUCCCGGCCGAUAUCAUUGUCUUGUCUACAUCUGAUCCCGAUGGCGCAUGCUACGUCGAAACCAAGAACCUUGACGGUGAGACAAACUUGAAGGUGCGAACUGCUUUGCGAUGCGGACGCACUUUGAAGCAUGCGAGAGACUGCGAAAAGGCCGAAUUCUCAAUCGAAAGCGAAGCGGCGCAACCAAAUCUGUACAAGUACAACGGUGCUAUCAACUGGACACAAAAGGUUCACGGUUCUGACAGAGAAAUGUCUGAGCCAAUUUCGAUUGACAACCUGCUUCUCCGUGGCUGUAACCUCCGCAACACGGAUUGGGUUCUCGGUAUUGUUGUUUUCACCGGACACGACACCAAGAUCAUGAUGAAUGCGGGUAUCACACCCAGCAAGCGUGCGCGCAUCGCCCGCGAGCUCAACUUCAACGUCAUUUGCAACUUUGGAAUCCUGCUCGUCAUGUGUCUGGUCUCUGGUAUCGUCAACGGUAUCGCCUGGGGCAAGUCAGAUGCUUCUCUUGCAUUCUUCGAAUACGGCUCUAUUGGUGGAACAGCCGGCUUGACCGGCUUCAUCACUUUCUGGGCUGCCGUCAUUGUUUUCCAAAACUUGGUGCCUAUCUCCCUCUACAUCUCGCUGGAAAUCGUCAGAACGCUGCAAGCCAUCUUCAUUUACAGCGAUGUGGAAAUGUACUACGAUGUAAUCGAUCAGCCCUGUGUGCCCAAGUCGUGGAAUAUUUCUGAUGACGUUGGGCAAAUCGAGUAUAUUUUCUCCGACAAGACCGGCACCCUGACUCAAAAUGUCAUGGAAUUCAAGAAGGCCACUAUCAACGGGCAACCCUACGGCGAAGCAUAUACCGAAGCACAAGCUGGUCUGCAAAAACGACUUGGAAUCGACGUGGUCGCGGAAGCAGCAAAGGCCAAGAAGGAAAUCGCAGAAGCCAAGAUCCGUGCCCUCCGCGGUCUUCGCCGCAUUCACGACAACCCAUUCCUCCACGACGACGAAGUUACUUUCAUUGCGCCCGAUUUCGUAGAAGACCUGGCAGGCGAAGGCCAAUUCGGAGAGGAACAGGCCAAAGCCAACGAACAUUUCAUGCUUGCCUUGGCCCUGUGCCACACUGUCAUCGCUGAACAUGUGCCUGGCGAUCCGCCCAAGAUUGUGUUCAAGGCUCAGUCUCCUGAUGAAGCUGCGCUCGUUGCUACUGCCCGUGACAUGGGUUUCACUGUCUUGGGAGCAACCAGCGAUGGUAUCAAAUUGAAUGUCAUGGGCAAGGAGGUGCAUUAUCCUAUUCUCAAUACCAUCGAGUUCAACUCGAGCCGUAAGAGAAUGAGUGCGAUUAUCAAAUUCCCCGAUGGCACGAUUCGCUUGUUUUGCAAGGGAGCCGACAGUGUUAUCUAUUCCCGACUGAAGCGUGGAGAGCAGCAGGAGCUUCGUAAGACGACUGCCGAACACUUGGAAAUGUUUGCUCGAGAGGGUCUCCGAACACUUUGCAUCGCUGAGCGAGUCUUGGGUGAAAAGGAGUACUUGGAAUGGCGAAAGGAGCAUGACAAGGCCGCUACAGCUCUUACGGAUCGUGAAGAGAAGCUCGAGGAAGUCGCCAACAAGAUUGAACAAGAACUUAGCCUACUUGGUGGUACCGCCAUCGAAGACAGACUGCAAGAUGGUGUUCCUGACACUAUUGCCCUGCUAGGACAGGCCGGUAUCAAACUUUGGGUCCUCACUGGCGACAAGGUGGAGACGGCCAUCAACAUUGGUUUCUCUUGCAAUCUACUCAACAACGACAUGGAAUUGAUUCAUCUCAAGGUCAAUGAGGACGAGUCCGGAGCAACCCCCGACACGGAAUUCCUCGAGACUGUGGAAAAGGAACUCGACAAGCACCUGCAAUCCUUUGGCAUCACGGGAAGUGACGAGGACCUGAAGGAGGCCCGAAAGAACCACGAGGCGCCUGGGCCCACCCAUGCUCUGGUCAUCGAUGGUUUCACCCUUCGGUGGGUUCUUCACGAAAGCCUCAUGCAGAAGUUCUUGCUUCUGUGUAAGCAAUGCAAAUCCGUUCUCUGCUGCCGUGUCAGUCCUGCCCAGAAAGCUGCUGUUGUUGCCAUGGUCAAGACCGGCCUUGAUGUUAUGACUCUCUCGGUUGGCGAUGGUGCCAACGACGUGGCCAUGAUCCAAGAGGCUGAUGUUGGUGUUGGUAUUGCUGGUGUCGAAGGUCGCCAAGCAGUCAUGUCUUCAGACUAUGCUAUCGGUCAAUUCCGCUUCCUGCAGCGCCUGGUCCUGGUUCACGGACGCUGGUCGUACAGACGUCUGGCUGAGUCCAUCUCCAAUUUCUUCUAUAAGAAUAUGAUCUGGACGUGGUCUAUUUUCUGGUUCCAGUGUUUCUGCGAUUUCGACAUCACCUACCUCAUGGAGUACACAUAUAUUCUCAUGUUUAACCUGUUCUUUACCUCAGUCCCAGUCAUCCUCAUGGGUGUCCUCGACCAGGACGUUUCCGACGCCGUUUCUCUGGCUGUACCUGAACUGUACCGCCGUGGUAUCGAACGUCUUGAGUGGACGCAGACAAAGUUCUGGCUCUACAUGGUCGACGGUAUUUACCAAAGUGUCAUGGUCUUCUUCAUCCCGUACCUCACAUUCAUCAACGCCGACUUUAUCACCGGUAACGGUCUCGACGUGCAAGACCGUAUCAGGCUUGGUUGCUAUGUUGCACACCCAGCUGUGCUCACAAUCAAUCUCUACAUCCUUAUCAACACCUACCGCUGGGAUUGGAUCAUGUUGCUCGUUGUUGUACUGAGUGACUUGUUCAUCUUCUUCUGGACUGGUGUCUAUUCCUCCUUUACAUCUUCCGCUUCAUUCUACGGCGCUGCGCAAGAAGUUUACGCACAAGCAAGUUUCUGGGCGGUGUUUGUCGUGACACCCGUCAUUUGCAUUCUUCCUCGAUAUGCCAUCAAGGCCGUGCAAAAGGUUUACUUCCCGUACGAUGUCGACAUCAUCCGAGAACAGAUCACCAUGGGGGCCUUCAAGCACGUUGAACCGCAGGAGACUGGCAAGGAAUCUGUCAAGACUGGCUCAUCAGACUCUUCGGCGACAUCUGCUGUCAAGCGCCACCAACAAUUCCCUAGCGUUGACGAAGAUCGCCGGCCAAUCUACCCACCAACACUGCACUCAACAACAACACACAAUGCCCGCAGCCAAAACGGCAGUGAUGGAACGAAUUAUACACGACAUGAACCAUCGACCGAGAUCAAUGUUAGGCCAUCAUUGGAACGAGUCCGACCUUCGUAUGAUCGCAUGAGAGCAUCAAUGGAUCGGAUGCGGCCCAGCUACGAGCAAUCUAAUGAUUUUACGUCGGCUGCAAUGCUAAACCGCUACGAAUCCACCCGCUCCGGCCAAUCACCAGAUCCCGCAGCCGAAGGAGGCGACGGCAUAGUCAGUAGGAUAAGGAGACGGACGAGGGGCAAGUCCUUCAAGUCGGCCUUCCAGUUCCACCACAAGGACAAUCACAUUGCCGAACAUGAAUAG